ACAAUUACUCACAUAACCAAUUAACAACAUGAAUCAAUCAACAAUCAUCCAUUAUAAUCUAUUUAAAAUCAUAUUUAAAGAUUUCUUGACUUAACCUACCCAUUUUACCUCUUCUUCUCUUCUUGUUCUUCCCUAAAAUUUUACAAAAAAUGACUAGAAAAUGUACAUCUUCUAUACCUUCAUCUUUUGCAUCAAUCUAUAUGAUUAGUGCUUUUUUUGCUAUUUCUUUCUUUUCCUUACUUUAUCUAAAAUACCCACAACAAAUUGAUUACUCAAAAGUCAUUACAUCCUCAAAAACUCCUACGAUUCCUUCAUAUAAUGUCAUAAAAAAUGAUGAUAACACUAUCAAACAAACAACAUAUCCUACAAAAGAAGGGAAGGAUUAUGAUUUGGUUGAGCAAAUUUCGCCUUCGAUUGAUGAUUCUUUUGUGAAACUUUCGCCUCCUGAUGUCGAAUUUGCUGAUAAAACUCGAAAAACUGAUGUUAUCAAAGAAAUACAAGCAAAAGAUCCUUAUAAGAUCAAGUCAUCUCCUCCUGUUCUUGACAAUUCAAACGAAAAGCGUUCUAAAAAUAGUACGAACACAAAUUAUUUAGCUCCGAUUACUAAACAAGGCCAACAGAACAAGUCUGAAAACGAAGAUCAAGAUCAAGAUCAAGAUGAAAUAAUAGUUUCUGAAUUUGAUCAUAUUUUAAACUUACCAAGUAAUUUUAGUAAGGAAGAAAGGAUACAAUGGAUCAAACAGAAACUACCCGAAUCAAGAAUACUCGAAUCGACACCAAGAACAAGAAAAUUUGAGGUGAAAAUGCAAGAAUUUGUGAGAAUGAACAGAUGCAGAGUGAACAUUUUCAUGACAUGGAUUUCGACAACAUUAUUGGGUAAGCGAGAAAUGUUCUCCCUAGAGAGUAUACUUAAAGCACACCCGAAUGGUUGUGUGAUCAUAAUCUCUCGAAUAAUGGCCUCAAAACCCGGUAAAGAUCUCAUAAAACCACUCAUAGAACGCGGGUACAUGAUCCUAACAGUUGCACCAGAUUUUGCUCUGAUCUUUAGUAGCACACCAGCUCAAGAUUGGCUCGAGAGGCUUAUGAAUGGUCAUCUUGAUCCAGGAAAAAUCCCCAUUACACAAAACUUAUCAAACCUUUUAAGGCUCGCGGUUUUAUACAAGUAUGGAGGUGUAUACUUUGAUACUGAUAUGAUAAUCCUUAAGGAUGUUUCAAAGUUAAGAAAUUCUAUAGGAGUGCAAGAAGUUGAUGAAGAAAGUAAGACAUGGGUAUCAGUUAACAAUGCAGUGUUGAUCUUUGAUAAGAAUCAUCCUCUUUUGUAUCGAUUUAUGGAAGAAUUUAACUCGACAUUUGAUGGAAACUUAUGGGGAUUCAAUGGGCCUUAUAUGGCUAGUAAAAUUGUUAGGAGAUAUCUAGAUGAUCCCAUGUAUCAAUUCAAUGUGAUGUCUCCUAUGGCAUUUUACCCUAUUGAUUGGGAAAGUCUUGAUAAGUAUUUUAAGGACUUACAUGGUAAAGACUUAGAUUUGGCUAAAGACAUGUUUGUUAAGGUUAGUAAAGAGUCUUAUGGUGUUCAUCUUUGGAAUAGAUUUAGUAAGAAUAUGAGGAUUGAGAAAGGUAGUGUUAUUGGGAAAUUAAUUUCUAGUCAUUGUAUCAUAUGCCAAGAUGUAUAUGGGUUAUGA